AUGAAAUCAAGCCACGCAAACAACCACCACCGGCAACUGUUCAUGUCGGAUUUGGAAAGAUUGUUGACUCAAAAAUUGAAAGGGUUAAGGCAAGACCUUGGAGAGCUGCAUAGCUUGAAGGUGGAUUGGGAUUCGCUGAAACGGGAUGCCAUCCUGGACGAGAUCAACGUCCGGAUGGACAACAUCCUGAAUUGCUGGCUUGGCGGAUCAGGCAAAGAGAAGGUCGGCAGGUCCAUGCUCUCCGACCAGAAAGCUGAUCUCAUGGUCGCCGCGAUCGAUCGAUGGGGCUCCCAAACUGAGGAGAAACUAAUUAAGGACUUUUGGAUCCAUUCCACCCAACCAACAGGUGAUAUCCUUGUGUUCUUUACCGGUCAAGAUGAGAUCAAAGCAGCACAAGAACCCCUGGAGGAAACAGCAAGGUCCUUAGGGAAUAAAAUUGGGGAAUUGAAGAUCUGUCCAAUUUACACCAAUCUGCCCACUGAGAUGCAGGCCAAGAUCUUUGAGCCACCACCAAACAGAGCUCGCCAAGUCAUUCUGGCAACAAACAUUGCCCGAAAAUCUGAUAUAAAUAUUGAUGGUGUUGUUCAUGUCAUUGAUCCCUGUUUUUGA